ACACACACACACACACACUCCGCAGUAGGGAAACCGUCAUUUUCCUACUCGCCCUCUGACAUCAACCACCUUCUCUGUCGCUACAGUUUCUCUGCACUCAAAUUCAUCCCUGGUAAUGAAAAAUGAGCCUCUCCCCUACCCUUGCUGCCGCCUUUCGCCUCACGCCCCCAGAGAAGAGUUUCUCCGUGUGGCAGCCGGUGAAGGUUUUUUUCCAAGUCACAUGAUCCAGGAUGCAGGGGGAGAAUCCUUCUUGGAACAGAGAUGGGCCCAGAACCGAAUGAGAUGAGGAGAGAUAGGGUGUGCUGUGGGAAGACUAUAUAAGAAUGGACCCACGGCUGCAGCAAGCACUCAACCGAAUGGCCCCUUCUCAAGACACAGCCAUGCAUGUGCCAGAAGGCUCCGUCGCCAGCCACUUGGGAACCACGAGCCGUGGUUAUUUCUAUUUCACCACGACCGCGCUGGCUCUGUGUCUCGUCUUUGCUGUGGCGACCAUCAUGGUGUUGGUAGUUCAGAAGACGGAUUCCAUUCCCAACCCACCCGGAAAAUUCCCCCUUAAAGGAGGAAAUUGCUCAGGGGACAUCUCAUGUAUACUGGAAAAGGCUCCAUUCAAGAAGUCAUGGGCCUACCUCCAAGUGUCAAAGCAUAUAAACAAAUCCAAGCUGUCUUGGAACAAAGAUGGCAUUGUCCGUGGAGUCAGCUAUCAGGAUGGGAAUCUGGUAAUCCAGUUCCCUGGUUGGUACUUCAUCAUUUGCCAACUGCAGUUUCUCGUGAAAUGCCCAGAACAUUCUGUUGACCUGAAGUUGGAGCUUCUCAUCAACAAAGAUGUCAAAAAGCAGACACUGGUGACAGUGUGUGAGUCUGGAGUGCAAACCAAAAACAUAUACCAAAAUCUCUCCCAAUUCUUGCUGGAGCACCUCCAGGUCAAUACCACCAUAUCAGUCAAAGUGGAUAAAUUCCAGUAUGUGGAUACAAACACCUUUCCCCUUGAGAAUGUGUUGUCCAUCUUCUUAUACAGUACUUCAGACUGAACCAUUUCUCCUGGCCUUCAGGAAGAAAGCAACUCUCUACCAUACAGUAUUUCAUCCAUCAAACACUUGGGCAAAAAGAAAAAUCUAGAACAAGACUAAAACCACAAAGGGUAUUAAAUAACACGCUUCUCCUUCUUGUCUCUUGGGAAGAUACAGCUCCAGGGUUAAAAAAAAAAAAAGAGUACAGUUUUGAAUGAAGUAUCUUUCAAAUAGAAGACAGGGAAGCAAGGCGGUGUGGUGGGAAAAGCCCCACAUAAGUAUCAGAAGGGAUGGAUUUAUGCUCUAGCCCCACCACUAACUCACUGUAUGGCCUGGAGCUAUUCUUUUCUCAUCCCUGGAACUCUGGAUCCAUGUCUCCAAAGUGUAGGGGCUGGAUUUGAAUCUCUCCAAAAUCUCUUCUAUCUCAGAAGACCUGGAUCUCUCAGCCCAGACCUGUGAAUUAAGAUCCCAGGCAGUUUUCUAGAAGCCCCUUAACCAAAGGAAAGGCCCUCACACCAGUAUAAAUCCAAUGAUACUAGUAGUAUCUGGCUGCAUGUCACCUCAGCACAGUCAGAAUUUGGGGACAAGGCUCAAAGCACCUUGCUAGAUGAUGUGAACAGUGGAAUCUAAAAUGUAUAAAAGAAAGGGCUGCCCAACUGAUCAUCUUGAAUCUAAGAGACUUCCUGGUAUUUGGAAAACCACCUAACCAGGCCUGACUCCAUUCAAGUUAAGCUGACAAUAAGUCAACAACGACAGCUUUUGUGACCUGUGGGGAAGGGCUGUGCAUGCUGCAAACCCUCCACCAGCAUGAGCAUGCGGUGGUCAUGGUGUUGCAGCCAUUUGGGCAGGCAAGAGCUGCCGCAUUUCUCACAGGAUCUCUCUCAGGGAACCAUUUCUGUGGAGGGUCAUUAAGGCCCCAAAGUGUUGUUGAUAAAUGAUGAUGACCUGUAAAUGGUGAGAAGGACUUCCAAAUGAUGGAAUAUCCUCUCUUGAGUUGGGUAACCAUGAGAUUUCUCUAGCUACGUCAACCUACCUUUACAUCCAUCCAUCAUUUCCGAAGGAGCACCUUAUCUGUUUGAAAGAAGGACCAUUCAGCUUGAAGUUUAAAUCCCCAGAGCUGAUGCUUCAGAAGAAAAAAGGGACCCUUAACUGCCAUGCAAUAGACUGAAGCAAAAUUUGCAUUUUUCUCAAAAAAAGAGGAGGGAAAAGAAAAAUGUAGGAAGUCGGUACAUUUGUCAGAGAAAGACUAGAAAAAAUUAAAAAGAAGAAAAGUGUUGGUAUGGAUGAGGACUUGGGAAAAAUAAAAUAAAUGUAAGUCAUUUGCUGAGUCACAUGCUAUGUCAACCUCCACCUAGGCCUCUAUGAAAUAUUCAGUAAAGUCUACAUUUCUCAUAA